UUGAGAGUUCCUAUAAUGUGUGUCAAAUAUCCAACAAUAUAUGUGUGUGUUUGGACUUUGGGUGAUUUAUAAACAUAAAAAAAUGAGGUGGUUGCUCGGGCUGAUGUUAUUGGCUGUGUGGCAAGUGGUGAAUUCAGACCCGCAGACAUUGAGUUUGGGUAAUGGAUGCAGCAGUGAAGUACGCAAAGAUGCAUCUAACUUUGGCAGCAACCUGAAUGCCACCUUUCUUCAACUCCGAGCUACUCUGUCAGAUGGCAGUAAGUUCGCCACAGCUUCAUCGGGGGCUGUUUACGCCAUGGUGCAAUGCAGAAACUACAUGUCUGAAACCGACUGCUUGGCCUGCUACGACGUUGCUGAGUCCACAAUUACCAAAUGCUCAGGCAACGGUGGCCGGGCCGUCUUUGAUGGCUGUUUCCUCAGGUACGAGAACUACGACUUCUUCCAAAAGACAAGCGAAAGUUGGAGAAGUUGUGAGAGUGUUUCAUCCUCGGCGGCCGGUUUCUCCGACGAGAGAAAUGGAUUGCUGAAUGAUCUUCAAGAAGCAACUCCGAGGAUGAAAGGGACGUAUUUUGCAGCGAGUCACCGGAAUAAGAUGGUUUAUGCGGUGGCGCAGUGUGCUCUCACAGUCACCCAACUCGGCUGCCAAGCUUGCGUGCAGGCGGCAUACAAAAGCUUACAGAAUUGUAACAAUGCAGCAGGCGGCAGGGUAGUUGAUGUUGCCUGUUUUAUGAGAUAUUCCGAUCAAUCAUUUUUUCCCGACAAUCAGACAACAAAUAUCAAACUACCAGAACCAGGGUUCAAUGAAAAGGUGGUCAUAUGGAGCUCUGUUGGAGGUUCUCUACUACUAAUUGUAUUUGUUGCCAUUGUUUUCAUGUUGUAUAGGCACCUCAAACAUCCUCUAGCAGCAGCAGGGGCUGCUGUGCUAAAUAGCACAGCAGAGGAUCCCCAUCCCAUAUUUGGGGCAACACAGUUGCAACUUCCGAAGACAUACAGCUACACUGAUUUGAAAGAAGCAACAAACAAUUUCAGUGAGGAAAAUAUAUUAGGAAAGGGAGGUUUUGGUACCGUAUACAAGGCGACACUGGGAGAUGGUAUUGUUGUAGCAGUGAAGAAGCUGCUUAUGACACACAGCAAAGCAAAGGAAGAUUUCGAGAGCGAAGUAAGAAUUGUAAGUAAUGUUCAUCAUCACAACCUUGUCCGCCUCUUGGGAUGGUCCAAAAACGAAAUGGGUCCCGACCUGCUUCUCGUAUAUGAGUUCAUGGAGAACAAAAGCCUCGACAUAUGGUUAUAUGGUAAAAAGCGAGGAAAGUUGAGUUGGGAACAAAGGGCGGAUAUAAUAUAUGGGACGGCCAAGGGGAUUGAAUAUUUGCUCGAGCAUUACCACCAAACCAUCAUACAUCGAGACAUCAAAUCCUGUAAUAUACUAGUCGACAAUCGCUUCCAAGCUAAGAUUGCCGAUUUUGGUUUGGCUAGGCUUCUGCCGGAGGAUAUAACACAUACCCACACUGGAUUUAAAGGCACAUUGGGGUAUGCAGCACCGGAAUACGUCAAUAGGAAGCAUUUGUCUGAGAAAGUUGACAUCUACAGCUUCGGAAUUGUGAUGCUCGAAAUCAUCAGCGGCAGACAAGCAACUGAGGUCAACCCAGACGGUGAAUAUUUACUUAUUGAGGCGAGGAAGUUACGCAAGAGAGGCAUGCACCAAGAGCUAGCUGACUCGGAGUUGAAACUGGAAGAAUAUAAAGUGGAAGAUCUGAAAGAACUGGUGGAAAUUGCUCUACUGUGUGUAGAGGAGUCGCAUGAAUUGAGGCCAACCAUGUCUGAAGUUAUUUUCAAGCUUUCCGGCAAUGGAUCCAUUGGGGUGCGCCGAACCCGAACCCCUUAUUCCAGUUAUGAAACUGCAGUUGAUAGUGAUUUGCCUAGUAUACAAGAAUCUGAUGAUGCCGUAACGCUUUCCGAUUCCGGCAAUGGAUCCACUGGGGUGCAGAUGGCUGUCCGAACGCCUUCUUCCAGUUAUGACACUGGACUACUUGAUACUGAUUUGCCUUCUGCCUCUGAAUCUCAUGCUACCUCCUUACUCACCCACCCAGGGAGGACCAAAAGUACACUGAUAAGGAUACAAUGCCUCAACUGGAGAGAGAGAUGCCGGAGGAAGUAGAAGAGCAUGGCGAUGACAGCAGUGAAGAAGAAGAAGACGUGAGGGAGGAACCGCGAAGGUUUAUGAGGCAGAAGGGAAAGUCCGCGUGGUUCAAAGAUUAUGUUUCACGCUAGUUAGAGUUAUUUUAGUCUUUUAUUAUUUUUAAUAUUGUCGCGUCUUUUAUUUUUGGAACUUUUGAGUCGAGCAGAAUAUAAGCUCCGUUUCGGGUUUUCUUGUUGGUUCUUUCUCGGAAUGAUCGAGUCGAACCAAACCUAGGGUCCUUAGAAUAAUUAUAAAUAAGGAUUCUGUGCAUUGAAACUGGCAUAUAUCAAUACACAAGAAUUUUCCUAA